CGCGAGCGCGGGUCCCCCGUCGCGAACGUCGAGUCGUCGCUCGCGCGUCAUGGGAGCCGGCGGCGACGCGGAGACGCCGUCCUCGACGUCGGGGACCACCGCGGCGCGACGCGCGGUCCCGACCUUCCCCAACGCGGUCGCGUGCGAGAAGCUGUCGUGCGACGAGAUCAGCCCCGAGGAUUUCGCGCGCCUCUACGUGACGCGCGCGAUGCCGUGCGUCCUGACCGACGUCGCGUCGUCGUGGCCGUGCGUCGGCGGCGACGCGCGGUGGACGCUAGAGCACUUCAAGCGCGCGCACGGAAACCUGGACGUCGUCGUGGACGACGGCACGCGCGAGAAGCUCCGAACGUCGAUGGCGGAGUACGUCGACGCGUUCGACGCGAUGGCGGAUCGCGCGGAGGCGGCGGCGGCGGAGGCGGCGGGCUCCGGGGACGCCUCGGACGCGACGCCGCCGUACCUCCGGACGUGGAACUUCUACGACGACGUCCCCGGGAUGCUCGACGGCUUCCCCGCGGACUCGCCGUACUUUCGCGACUAUUUCAAGACGCUCAAGGAGGAGUGGCAGCCGCCGUUCACGUGGCUGUUCCUGGGACCGCGCGGCGCCAGGACGCGGCUCCACGUGGACGUGUGGCACACGGACGCGUGGCUGACGAUGAUCGAGGGACGGAAGAAGUUCAUCAUGUACCACCCCGCGCACCUGAAGCACGUGUUCGACGAGCGGACGCAGACGUACGUGGACCUGCACGCGCCGGACCUGGAGAAGUUCCCCGACUUUGCCCGCGCCGUGCCCGUCGAGUUCAUCUUAGAGGAGGGCGAGACGGUCUACAUCCCGCGGAAGUUUCCGCACUACGCCGUGGCGCUGACGCACACGGUGAGCCUCACGGUGAACUUCCUCGCGAGCGCGAACCGACGCAACGUGGUCGAAAGGUGCGUCGCGUACGCGAACCGUAGGAGCGCGUGCGAGUUCGUGUUGGGGCGGCAACUGAAGGCGUCGGACAACGUGAUGAAAUUUUGCGUCCACGGCGGCGACAUCAACAAGACGAUGGCGGCGAGCAUCUUGGGCUUGAGCGCGGAGGAGUUAGAGGGUAAGAUGAGAGAGAAAAAGCGAGAGCUGCUGCGGCGGGAGGCGGCGGAGGCGGAGAGAGAGGAAGAGGCGGCGUAGGGCCACUCGCGGUCGAGGUCGAUCUAUUAUUACCGUACGUAGUUCAACUAGUCGUCGACGUUACUCGUAUUACAACCGAACGCU